AUGAAGCUCUCAAUCUUCGUCCCUCUUGCAGCUUUCCUGUCCUUCGUUGCCGCCGAAACAAGCGGUUCUACCGUGAACCCUGACGACAUCAGCAACUGCCUGUUUCGAUGUCUGUCGGAAGCUGCUGCUGUUGCAGGCUGUAUCUCGGCCUACGACAAUAAAUGCACCUGCCCGUCGCCGGCUUUCAAGGACACAUUGACGGUCUGUCUGAAAGUGGCUUGUACCCCGGAAGAUGCACAAGUCGCUGGACAAUUACAUGUGGAACGAUGUGGAACACCCGCGCCUCAACUUUAA